CUGAUACCAAAGAGACGCGGAAGUUAAGAGCACAUAUUACGCAUGAGUCGGUCGCCAUUUUGGACUACUGCUGUUAGAAAGAUAGCAAAGAAAUGCAUUCUUGCCGCGUGUGUUGUCGCUACAUGUUUUUCGCGAGGAUUCGUUCGAGCUUUGAAGCCUCUCGGGGUAGCUCAGCUUGCCAGAUGCUAACAAAGAGGCAUCGGAAGUGAUCAACACAUCGCCAAGCACAGAUAAAGUGUGUGAGUGUAAAGUGGUGUGAAUGUGUGAAAAUGUGCGACAGAACGAUAGCAGAGUACGAGGAGGAACUUUCUCGAAGAAAAGAGAGACAACGUCAACUACUGGACGCUGUUUUGAAGAAGACUCAAGUUGCGUUCCACAGAGCAGAUGUCAGCAAAGAACAUCUUCACCCUGAGCAGCAGGAGUGGACCUCUUGGAUGGAGCAGGAGGUGCCACAGCCUCUCAAUAUUAAAAAUGAAGAGGAGGAGCCACAGCCCCCCCAUGUUAAAGAUGAAGAAGAGGAGCCACAGCCCCCCCACAUUAAAGAGGAAGAGGAGAUACAGCCUUCCCACAUUAAAGUGGAGGAGCCACAACUCUGCCACAUUAAAGAGGAAGAGGAGGAUUACAGCAUCAGUCAGGAGGGAGAGCAUCUUGAAGGAUUGGAGAAGUUCCCAGUGAUUGGUGUCCCUGUGAAGAGUGAAGAUGAUGAAGACAAAGGUGAAAGUGAGGAGAAGAGAGAGGUGGAGCCUCCAAGCAGCAGCUCAACUCAACACAUGACAACAGAAGCUGAUGGAGACCACUGUGGAGGAUCACAAGCAGACAACCUCUUAGCUCCACUAUCAGAUAGUGACGACACAACGUCACACUCUCCUGACACUGAUGAUGAAGACUCUACAGCUGAUAUGACAUGUCACACUGACAACACACACUUUAAAUGCUCUCACUGUGACAAAACUUUUAAUCGCCAUAGUAAUCUGAAAACACACGUGAGAAGUCACACAAGUGAAAAAGCAUUCAUGUGCUCAGUCUGUGAUAAAAGAUUCUCUCGGAAGGAAAGUUUGGCACAACAUACUAGAUUGCACACUGUAGAGAAACCUUUUGCCUGUUCAGUGUGUGGUAAAGGUUUUGCCAUAAAAGCUACGUUGAAAACACACAUGCAGACACACACUGUAGAGAAACCAUAUUCUUGUUCAGUGUGUGGUAAAGGUUUUGCACGAAAAUCUCAUUUGACAAUACACCUGAGAACACACACUGGAGAGAAACCUUUUUCCUGUUCAGUGUGUGGUAAAGGUUUUGCACAAGAAGGUGAUGUGCAAACACAUAUGAGAACGCACACUGGAGAAAAACCAUAUUCCUGUUCAGUGUGUGGUAAAGGUUUUGCCAUAAAAGCUAAGUUAAAAACACACAUGCAAACACACACUGGAGAGAAACCAUAUUCUUGUUCAAUAUGCGGUAACCGUUUUGCACUAAAACCUGAUUUGACAACACACAUGAGAACACACACUGGAGAGAAACCAUAUUCUUGUGCAGCGUGUGGUAAAGGUUUUGCACGAAAAUCUCAUUUGACAAUACACCUGAGAACACACACUGGAGAAAAACCAUAUUCCUGUGUGGUGUGUGGUAAAGGUUUUGCACAAAAUGGUGUUCUUAAAAAGCACAUGAGAACACACACUGGAGAGAAACCAUAUUCUUGUUCAGUGUGUGGUACAGGUUUUGCAAGAAAACCUAAUUUGACAACACACAUGAGAGGACACACUGGAGAGAAACCAUAUUCCUGUUCACUGUGUGGUAGAAGUUUUGCAGAAAAAUAUUAUUUGAGAAAACACCUGAGAAGACACAAUGCAGAAAAGCCAUAUUCCUGUUCAGUGUGUGGUAAAUGCUUUACAUGUAAAGAUGAUUUGAAAACACACAUGAGAAUACACACUGGAGAGAAACCAUGUUCCUGUUCAGUAUGUGGUAAAGGUAUUGCAAAUAAGGGUUAUUUGAAAAUACAUAUGAGAACACACACUGGAGAGAAACCAUAUUCCUGUUUAGUGUGUGGUAAAGGUUUUGCAAAAAAAGCUAAGUUGAAAACACACAUGAGAACACACACUGGAGAGAAACCACAUUCUUGUUCAGUGUGUGGUAAAGGUUUUGCACAAAAAUCUGAUUUGAUAGCACACAUGAGAACGCACACUGGAGAGAAACCAUAUUCCUGUUCAGUGUGUGGCAUAAGUUUUGUGAGAAAACCAACUUUGACAACACACAUGAGAAGACACACUGGAGAGAAACCACAUUCCUGUUCAGUGUGUGGUAAAGGUUUUGCAUGUAAACGUGAUUUGAAAUGCCACAUGCGAACACACACUGGAGAGAAAGUGUUUAGUUGCAGUCUGUGUGGUGAAGGAUUCUCUUACAAGUACCAGUUUAACAAUCACAAGUGUGCUGGUGAGAAGAGCAGCAGCAAAUGAAGCUGCAGGACUUUAAACUGUUAAGACUUUGGUAACUUUGACUUUCCGACUUUACCACCACACAUUCCCUUGUUAUCUCAAGCAAGUCUCUUAAUGGAACAAAAAAGUAUAAAGCCAAGCCAGGCUGAAAUGAAUACACAGAAGAGCUUCAUGCUGAGGCCAGAAGGGCUUUUAAACUGUGGGUUGAAGCAGGGAAACCUAAACAUGGUCUCUUAUUUGACUAUAAGAAACAGGCAAAUGCAAAUUUUAAAUAUAUCCUACGAUUUAUCAAGAGGAAUGAAAAUACAUUGAGAUCAGACUCACUUGCAAAAAAUUACAAAACAAUAGUCCUAUUGAAUUUUGGAAAGAAAUCAAAAGAUUGAACGCUUUUAAAACAUCUUUGCCAACAAAUAUUGAUGGGGCAUAUGGACCAGAUGAAAUUACUGAGUUAUGGCAGAAACAUUACUAUGAGUUGUUUAAUUGUGUCAAAAGUAAUUCCUUUGUGGUGGACAAUGUAGACAAAGAUGAUGAUGUGACUAUUUCUGUACGAGAAGUCAAUGAGAUUGUGAUGAAGUCAAGCAAUAAUAAGGCUUGUGGUGCAGACAAGAUAUCCACUGAGCAUUUAAAAUUCGCCAGCAGAAAACUUUGUCCUCUGUUAGCAAUAUGUUUGACUGGGUUUUUAAUUCAUGGUACUUUACCAAAGUCUAUACUGUCUGUUAUCUUAGUGCCCUUUGUGAAAAAUAAAGCUGGAAAAAUAAAUAGUAAAGACAAUUAUCAUCCUAUAGCUCUGGCAAGUACCUUAUCAAAGGUCUUGGUAAGGGCUAUGUUGAAUAGAAUGGAGAAGUUUAUCAUGACACCUGACAAACAGUUUAGCUUCAAACCCAAGCUUGGCACAGAUAUGUGCAUUUUUGCCUUAAAGGAGAUUAUGGAUCUGUACAACAGGCACAAUGCUACCAUUUUUGUUUGCUUUAUUGACGCCUCAAAGACUUUUGACCAUAUAAAUCAUGAAAAGUUAUUUCACAAAUUGUAUAAUAGAGGUGUCCCAAAAUAUUUAAUAAGAACGUUAGUGUUUUGGUAUGCUCAGCAGUCUAUGUCUGUUAAAUGGGGAAACUUUGCAUCAUCUCCCUUUCAUGUUGGUACGGCAUGCGACAAGGCAGCAUUUUGUCUCCCUGUCUUUUUAACAUGUAUAUGGAUGAUCUAUCUAAGCUGCUGAAUGAAUGUAGGACUGGCUGCCGGGUUGGUGAUACUACCAUAAACCACCUGAUGUAUGAUUCAAGAUUCAAGAGUUUUAUUGUCAUGUGCAUGGUAAAACAGCAGUUAUACCAUGCAAUGAAAAUCUUAUUCUGUUCAUACUCCCAAGAAAAGAAAGGAAACACAAGAAAGAAUAAGAACAUAAGAAACAUAAACACAUAAACAUGCUGACCAUCUAGUGAUUUUCUGUCCAUACAGUGCUGGUACAGCAGUUGUUAAAAGGGUUUGUUCACAGUAUGGCCUAGACUUUGAUAUGAAAUAUAAUUCAGAACAGAGCAACAUCAUGAUUGUCAGGAGUAAAGAGGCGUAAACUAACUUUCCCUGACUUCUCACUGGCAGACAACAUCCUCAAAGUCUAUGAUGAGGUGAAAUAUUUGGGCCAUUACAUAUCCGCUGACCUGACAGAUGGUAGAGACAUUUAUCGACAAUGUUGUCUGCAAUAUUCACAAGUUAAUAUGCUUGUUCGUAAGUUUUCUAUGUGCUCAGUAUCUGUUAAAAUGACACUUUUGUCUGUUCAGGCUGCUGUACCAAUUUGUGCUGCUGUGUUACGGAACCUUAUGUACAGAUGUAUGUGUAGGCUAACAUGCUCUGUAAACAGCAUCAUAUGUGUGCUGACCAACCCUGUACAAAGCUCAGUCAGAUUCUUUUCUAGUUUGUGGAAACACUGGCGCCUUAAUGUGUGUUUUUUUAUUUUUUAUUUUUUUAUAUAAUGUUCUAUGGAACGUGCAUGUGUCUGAAAUAAUGUUGAUGAUGAUAUAUUGUGUGUGUAACACAAUCUUGAUAAUAGAAUAUAAAAUCUUUGUACGGAAAGGUUCAAACAAAUGAACCUCCAACAAUCACUGUGAAAAACUCAGUCAUGGCCAAAAUUUUUGAGAAUUACACAAAUAUUAAUUUCCCCUUCUGCUGAUUCAGUUUUUAUGAUGGCAAUAUGCAUAUACUCAAGAAUGUUAUAAAGACUAAUAAGAUGAAUUGCAAUUAAUUGCAAGGUCCCUCUUUGUGUGAAAAUGAAAUGAUGUGAAAAAAGCAUUUCCACUGCAUUUCAGCCCUGCCACAAAAGGACCAGUUGACAUGUUAGUGGUCCUCCGGUUAACAUAGGUGAGAGUGUUGACAAGGACAAAGCUAGAGAUGCCUCUGUCAUUCUGAUUGAGAGAGAAGAACAGACUAGAAGCUUUAUAAGGAGGGUUGUGCUUCAAAUUGUUUUACUUCUCUGUUUAUUCCUGCCUUGUUCUGCAGUUGUUCCCUUUAGACCACACACACAUGUACAUACCAGAUAUUU